AUGAGCCGUAACAAUAAAAACAACAUGGACGAACCCGGAGUUGCCAGUAACAAGAACGUCGCCACCACCGAGCAUGGAGAGACUGGCGUCAACGGAGCACAAGACGGCGACGAUCUGUAUCCUUUGGCGCUUUUGAUGGAUGAGUUAAAACAUGACGACAUCGGGAACCGCGUGGAAGCCAUGAAAAAACUAGACACAAUUGCAUUGGCUCUGGGUCCGCAAAGAACCCGAGACGAACUGGUUCCGUUUUUGAGUGAGGUUGCCCAGGACGACGAAGACGAGGUUUUUGCCGUUUUGGCCGAACAACUGGGGAAAUUUGUGCCAUUUAUUGGAGGUUCCAAGUUCGCGACGUUACUGCUGCCCGCACUAGAGAUCCUUGCUUCCACCGAAGAAACUUUGGUGCGGGAGAAAGCGGUGGAGUCGCUCAAUAACGUGGCGCAGGAACUUUCGGAAGAUCAAUUGUUCCACGAUUUCAUCCCGCUAAUCGAGCAUCUAGCCACAGCCGAUUGGUUCUCGUCCAAAGUUUCUUCUUGUGGUUUGUUCAGAGCAGUUUUGGUGAGAGUCAAGGACGACAAGUUCAGAAAAGAGCUUUUGGCGUUAUAUCUUCAACUGGUUCAGGACGAAACUCCUAUGGUUAGACGUGCAGCCGGGAAAAACUUGCCCGUAUUGAUAGAUCUGCUCACUCAAAAUCCAGACUUGUCCACAUCCGAUGACUGGGACUACAUUUCUAACAUGUUCCAGAAAAUUAUGACCGACGGUCAAGAUUCGGUGAAAUUUCUUGCGGUCGACGUCCUGAUUUCUAUUUUGAAGUUUUUCAGCAAAAAACAGGAUACAACCCAUUCCAAGGACCUGCUACGGUCAGCAAUCCAACUCAUUGGCGAUGAAGCCUGGAGAGUUCGUUACAUGGCUGCAGAACGUUUCGAAGAGCUAGCAUUUCAAUUCAAAUCCACCCCUCAAUACAUCGAAGAGCUUUCGGGCCCCUUUUUAGCACUUUGUGAAGAUAAUGAAAGUGACGUUCGGAAAGGAGUUGCCAAGCAGCUACCGGGAUUUGCUAAACUUCUCGGGGACCCCCAAGUUGUUUUAAAGAAAGUGUUGCCAGCAGUGCAGAAUUUGAGCAUGGACGAAAGUGAAAUGGUAAGAGCGUCACUGGCCUCAGAAAUUACUAAUUUAGCACCAUUGGUCCCCAAACAAGACGCUAUUGACAGCUUAGUCCCAAUCUUACUCAACAUGUUGAAAGACGAAUACCCCGAUGUUCGUCUGAACAUCAUUGCUAAGUUAAAGGUGGUCAAUGAAGUUGUAGGAAUAGAUUUGCUCUCCGAAAACUUGCUACCAGCAAUCACGGAGCUUGCUAAGGACGCCAACUGGAGAGUGAGAAUGGCCAUUAUUGACUACAUUCCGCUACUUGCGGAGCAGUUGGGAGUUGAAUUUUUUGACAAGCAACUGGGCGAUCUUUGCCUAUCAUGGUUAUGGGACACCGUCUACUCCAUAAGGAGCGCUGCCGUUGUUAAUUUAAAAAACUUGACCGAAAUUUUCGGUUCUGACUGGUCCAGUGAGAAGAUUAUUUCCCGUCUACUGAAGUCCGACUCACAACUACUGGAGAAUUUCGUUUACAGAAUCACAUUACUACAUGCAUUAACUGAACUGGUCCAAGUUGUCUCGAACGACGUAACUACUCAAAAAAUUCUACCAUUCAUAAAUCAUUUGACUGAAGAUGCCGUUCCCAACAUAAGAUUUAAUGUCGCCAAAUCUUAUGUCACGGUGGUUCAAAGUCUUUGCACAAACAAAAGUAAGAACAAAGAUUUGAUCAAAAGGACGGUGAUCGACUCUCUGGAAAAACUUUGCCAAGACGAUGACAUCGAUGUCAGGUUCUAUGCCACCGAGAGUCUAAAAAAGUGUGAGGCUCUUCUAGCAUGA